AUGAUAACAAGAGCAUGCACAAUCUUACAGGAUUUAUUCUCAACAAUUAUCGAGUACAAUAUUGGCGAUACUGAGGAAUUAAGCAAGGUAAUAGAUAAUCUUCAACCUUCACAUUUCACCAACUUGAUAUCAUUCUCAGCAAAAAGUUGCGAUGAAAGGAUAAAUAAAUUUCUCUCACUUUUGAUUAAGAGAUCAAAAAAGCUUCAAGUUAUCAUCAUUGAGCAAUGCAAAACAUUGGAACAUUUGUUUGACCUCGAGGAACUUAUGCCGGAUGAGAAUGGAUUUGGUAAAUAUUUCACACAAAUGAAGACGAUGGUAUUAAUAGAACUACAUCAGCUAGCACACAUAUGGAACAAAGAUCCAACAGGAAUUUUUGUCCUUGAAAAUCUUCAAAUUAUACACAUCAAAAGUUGCUCCUCUUUGAAAUACCUAUUCACUCCUUCUGCAGCUGAGAAACUUUCCCAAUUAAAUGAAUUAAAGUUAGAGGGGUGUGAAAUGUUAGAGACCGUUGUUGAUAAUGGUAUCACUAAAACAAUUAAGUUCCCAACAUUGAGCAAGGUGGAGUUCAAGUCCCUCUCAAGUUUGAUCAGGUUUUACCACCAUGUAGAAUUCCCAAGGUUGAAAACUCUAAUGAUAGAAAAAUGCCCUAUGUUGGAAGAAUUCACAUCUGGUUUUGCAACAACAGAUGAAUCAUUCACAAUUGAAGGGGAGUCUUUCUCUGAGUUGAAUGAAGUCAAGAUAGAUAGUUGUGGCAAGUUGAUUUGUGUUGUCUCUUCUAGGACAUUACAAGAGUUGGGGAAUUUGAAGAAGCUCAUG